AUGAAGGUUAUCGCUGCUUGUUUACUCGCUGUUUUGGGAGGAAAGAUUAGCCCAACUGCAGAGGAUAUUAAGGAAAUUCUUGCUUCAGUUGGAGCUGAUGCUGAUAAUGCUAAGAUUGAAUUGCUGAUGUCUCAAAUAAAGGGGAAAGAUAUUGCUGAGCUAAUUGCAAAUGGUAUGGAAAUGUUGGCAUCGGUUCCAUCUGGUGGUGGAGCAGCUGCCGCCGCCCCUUCCGGUGGGGCGGUUUCAGCCGCUGUUGCCGUCGAACAAAAGAAAGAGGAGAAGGUUGAGGCUAAAGAAGAGUCAGAUGAGGAGGAUUUCAGUUUCAAUUUAUUUGAUUAGAAUAUGCAAUUGAUAUGAACAAGUUUAGAACUUGAGCUUUUUUCUUUCAGUUUUUAUUUAUGGAUUGAAUUA